AUGGCCAAACUUGACUUUGGUGCUCCAUUGAUACCUAAUAUAAUGGCUAUAGAUGAUAGUGAUAAUGAAAGCAUAGAUGAAUCACAUUCCUUGAUAAAAAAAGAAAGACAUAAUCACUCUGUUGAUGAUUUAUUACAUGCUAUUGACAAAAAUAUUUCUUCUGCUUCAUUUCAUAGUGAUAGUCUAUUACAAUUCAACUCCAAUUCAUUCAAUAGCGAUGCUUCAGAUGAUCCAAGUCCAAUCAAACCUUUAAGCUUCAAACAACAACAUCAACAGCAUCAACAAAAUUUAAAUGAUAUUUUAAAUUCAGUACAAGAUUUUGGAACUCCAAUGAGUGAAAAUAUAAUGCAAGAAAUUCCAAGAGCACCAUCUUUUGAUGAAUUAGAAUUCAAUACCAAAGUCAAUAGAACUUCUUCAUUAUCGAGACUUAGUGGACCUAGAAAAUUAUCCAGCUCUUCAAUUUCAAGAACUUUAUCAAAUAAAUUGCCAAAUUCAACUAGUUAUAAAUCUAUAAGUGGUCAAACUACAAGAGAUAAUUCCCCUUCAAAAAAGUCUGUUUGUUUUGAGAAUUCACCUCCAAAGAUAAUGGAAUAUGAAGAGUUCACUCCUGAACAUUCUGAUAGUGAACAAGAAAAUCAAUCAUCAUCUGAACAAAAUGAUCAAGAUCCAUUUUCAUCAAAUUGGAAAGCUAGUGUCAAAUCAACAAUUCAUCCAUUACCUCCUCUUCCUCCAAAACAUUCAUUCGGUGCUUCGGUUUCAUCACCAACAAAAGAUACCUCUUUAGGCUCAUUAGAUGGCUCGUUUGAAGAUGAAAAUAAUGAAAAUAUAAAAAACAUAGAAUUGACAAAGAGCGAAAUUGAUCAAGAUAAACGAGCAUUAACAUUAGAAAAGAAAUUAGAUCUUGUUUUAAGUUCAAGCUCCAUAUCUGAAAGAGUUCAAAACGAUGAAAUCACAAGAGGUUCAAAUAGUCCGUCUAAACCAUUGACCAAAAAGGAAGAAGAUUUAAUUUACAACAUCCAGACUAAGCAAGAAAUUGAAGCUGAACAAUCACUUAGGGACGCUGCUAACUUAUUUGAAGUUGACUUGCGUAAUAAUGAUAAAGACUCUAGAAAUUUAGCUUUAGCUCCAGAACUAAAAAGAAGAAAUUCAAAUAAUUCCUUGAGAGAUGAAGAAAGGGAACUAACUACAACUGUGGUUCAAAAUGUUGAAGCUCCACUAAUUUCAGAUGAUGGUCUAAAAAGUUUCGAUUCUCAACAUGGCCCACAAGAGUCCUACAAUAACUCAAAUGACGAUUUGAUAAGUUAUCAAUCAGCAUUAACUAAUAAUGAUACUGGAUCUUUUGAAUCAGCAACUGAAAUCUUACAUGUCAAAACUGAAGAUAAUGAUGAACUAGAUCAAAGUGUUGAAGAAGAUGAAGGUCCAAUUGAUGAAGAUACGAAUCAAGAAUCUUUCAUGAGAAGUUUGGAUAAAUCAAGUGAUUAUGAAUCAAAUAAUUCAAUUGCAACUCUUAGAGAUGAUAAUACCCCAACUCCAAAUACUCAUAAGAAGAAAUUAUCAUUAAGUGAAUCUAUUAAUAGCGGUCUCUCAUAUAUUUCUUCAUUUGGUAGAAAUGUUAAAGGUGUUAUGCACAGAAGAACUGAAAGUGGUAACGUUGCGGAAGGUUUAUCUGAAGAUUAUGCCAACAUAAAGAAAGAAGAAGAAGAAAAGGAAGUUGAAAUUCCUAAGGAUGAUGACAAAUUCAUGAAACCUGCGUUACCUUCAGCUGAUACACAAGAUAUACAGUCAAGUCAAUCUUCAAUAACUGAAUCUACUUAUGAAACACCAAGAAACUCAAUUGAACCAUCAAGUGAUUUGAAUAUAGAAUCAAAUAUCGGGUCAUCUGUCGAGCCUGGUGAACGCUUACCAUUAUUAGAUAAUCAAACAGCUGAACCAACACCUCAAUUGUCAAGUGAUGAAUCUCAAAAUGAUGAAACUAUUGAUUUAUUAGAUCUCCAACCACCAUUCAAAAUUACAGACGGAGAAGAAGAUGAAGAUUCUUCAUUUAGUGAUGAAUUCAAAGAGACUGCUUUAUUUAACGUAUCUGGGUCUUCCCAAGAUGGCAAUUAUCUACCAACGGGUCUUCAAAUUCAAUUUAAUGAUAAACAAGAAGAUGAAAUCCCAACUGAUGAGUUGGAUGAAGAUAGUUUGAAUGAUAUUGAAGACUCCAUAAGAAGCAAUAACUCAAGCUUUCUCAAGUAUGAGCCUGAGCCUGAAGAAUUUGAACAGUCAUUUCAUCAAGAAAUCAAAAAGGAAGAUUUUGAGGAGGAAGAAGAAGAAAAAGAAGAAGCUAAGCAUUAUGAUAGUGAAGAUGAUGAUGAGGAUUUUGUUACACCAACUCUUAAAACCGAUCAUGAUCUCAAACCUCAACAACCAGAAAUUAAACGUGAGCUCCCUUCCUUCAACAGUACAUUAUUUGAUGAUAAAGUUCCAGAUGAUGAAGAUGAUGAGUUAGUUGAAUUUAAAACGCCACCAACAGACUAUAUCAGCAUUUGGCACAAUUUACCAAAAUCAGCCUCUCCAAAACCUCAAUAUAGUACAUCUUUAAGAAAAGUUUCACCUCCUCAAAGAGUUUUGAAGCUGUUAAAUAGAAGAAUCAGUUCAAGUGGACAUAGUGAUGUCGAGGAAAGUAAAAGAAAUUCAAUGUUAUCUGAAGGCUCGUUUGACUUAUCAAGAAGAAAUUCAUUAAUUACAACUUCUGCUUCAAAACCAUCAUUUAUAAGGGUCAACUCAAGAAACUCACUUUUAAGUGAAGUCAAGAAGGAAGACAUUUCAAGCUUCAGUAAUUCUUUGAGACCACAAGAUUCAUCAAUUUACACGAAUAGAUCAUUAAGAGAAGAAGGUCCAUCAUUCUUGGCUGAAAGAUCCUUAAGGGAACAAGAUUCAAUUGUUAAUUCAUCAAAUAUUUCUGGUAACUUAUCAGAUCUGAAAUUACCAGAAUACAACAACUCUUCAGACUUUGCAAGUGCUUUUAAAGAUUGGGCUGUUGAGGAUCAAGUAGAUAAUACAAACGUCUUGAAAGAACUAGAGAGAGAUGAAACAGAUAAUUUAGCUGCUGCAAAGAGAUUGAAAGAUCCAACAAAUCCUGAAGACAUCAAAAAUAUUUGGGAGAAUGGUUCUAAUGAGCGUACACCAACACCAGAUAGGGAAGACAAAAGCCGUACACCAUCUAUUGACGCUGGUAAGCUAAAGAAUUUUAUUGAACAAAAUGGUGUAAAAGGUGAAAAUGCUAACAUCAGGUCAUCUGAAGCACUUGGUGAAGUCACUGUUACUAAAGAUGAAUACCAUGGAAUAGAUUUGGAAUUUGAUCAAGAUUCACAUUUCACCUCAGUCAACAACUCCAAGUAUGAACCCCAAGAAUUUCAUAAGGUACAUGAAGAAGAAGAUUUUGAUGAACAAAAAGAAGCUGAUGAAAAUUUUGUUGAUGCAAAAGAGGAGUUACAACAAACUCCAGUCACAAAAAUACUUUCUGACGAUCUAUCACCAAGAGGUAAAAGGUUCAUUUCUGGAUCAUCACAGAAAUUUGAUGAUAUAAUAGAUCUUAAUGAGGAAUUUAAUAAAGCUUUACAAAUUAGAGAGCAUGGUUAUGCUACGAGACAAUCAAAUCAAAUUAUUGUUGCAAAGAGUACUCGUGAUGAUCUGUUAGAUCCGGCUGAAUUAUCUAAACCUUUGGUUCCAGCUGUUGAUAAUGCUAAUUACAAUCAAAGACAACAAAAUAUAAGAACUAAAUAUGGUGAUAGGGUUCCAAGUACUAGAAUUAAGACACCUUUAUCAUCUGUUUCAGGUGAUAACAAGGCUAAUAUUCAGUCCAAUCGUCCCCUUGUAUCUGCUCCUGCUCCUGUUCAAUCUAGACCAGCUGCUGCCGUUAGAGUUACAAGUGAUGAUUAUAAACCAGGAGAAUUAGCUAUGAAGAAAAGAGAAAUGAUCAAACCAGCAAGAAAGAGUUUUGUUGUGCCAAAUGAAGAUGUGAUACUUCCUAAAAGUGACCAUGGUAGACUUUACAUUCACAUAAACUCAUUAAACGGUGUUAUACUGGACCAAAUAAAAUAUCACAAAGCAACUUUCAAAAUUUUCUUGGAUAAUGGAAAACAUGUGAUCUCAACUCCUAAAAUGACUUUAGAUAAUAACGUUAAAAUAGAUAAAGAAUUUGAAAUUGCUGUUGAAGAUAAUGUGACGGACAUAUUUUUAACAAUGAAAAUCAAUUAUCACACUCCAGAUCAAGAAUUAGUUGAAAUUGUUGAAAAGAUACCAAUAAAAUCUAAUAGAUUGAGUCGUAUAAUGGGUUUGAAACCAAAGUUUGUCUACGAGAAAAAAUUCGUUACCAGACAAAAAGAACGUGAUGAUUGGGAUGAUAAAUUUGCAAAUGAUGGUAGUUUUGGUAAAAACAAAAUUGGAUUCUCAAAAAAUGAUAACGAAGUUACUGGUAAAUCAAAAAAUUACUUAAUUGAAUUAUUUAAUGAAUGGGAAACUGUCAAACAAAGUGAACAAGUAUACAAAAAACCUGCACAUCUUGUUGCAAGAUUAGAUGUCACUAUGUUAUUUAUCCCAAGAACUUCACCAUUAGAAACUUUGCCUCCAUCAAUUAAAAUUGGUUACAAAAUUGCUGAUCAUUUGAAAGAACAAUCGGGCAUUGCUUUUGAAGGUUAUCUAUUUCAAGAAGGUGGUGACUGUGAACUUUGGAAACGCCGUUUCUUUAAACUUGAAGGAACAAAAUUUAUCGCACACCAAGAAAUCACCAAAAAACCAAGGGCUCAAAUCAAUUUAUUGAAAUGUAUUGAUGUUUUACAUGAUGGGAAAAAAACUGGUAAUAAUGAAAGAAACUUUACUGAUGAAAUUUUAAUGAGUGAUUGUUUCAAAUUGAAAUUUCUAAAUGGGGAGAUAAUAAACUUUAAUGCAGAAACAAAAGAAUUGAAAGAACAAUGGAUUUCAAAAUUAGAAAAAAUUGUGGAAUUGAACAAAUUUCACCAACCUUGGGUUAAAUCAUUAGCUCAAAACAUGUAA